UUUUUUUAUUGUAUUCCGUACUGUUCGAGAUUAUUAAAACAAUGGACGGUCUUUUAAAAGCAAGAAUUGAAUCAUCCUUCCUAUUAUCCAUUGUUGCGUUCACUCGUUUAUCGGUGGCGCAUCGAAGAAAACGCAUCAAAAUGAAAAAAUUCGAAAGCUCGAUAUUUUUCAUAAAUAAAUCGCGAAGCAGCAGCCAACUACAGCCUUGAAGCUUGAAAAAUCGCAAGGUCACAGCAAAAAUAUCGAUAAGCAAUUCUCGAAAAGUCGCGCGUGUCGAGCUUCGCCUGUCGCCACGUGUACCUAUAUCCCUGCCCAGCGUAUAACGUCAUAAUUCCAGCGAAAGUCAAAACAACGCCUGCGCCGAUCGAGAUCCAGAAAACCGAUACACGAAAAAGCUCGCACACCGUCCAGAGGCUCGAGGAAUCGAUGGAGCCCACGCGACAAGGUCGUAGCCUCGAAAGGAUAAGAAGUGUGUAUACGUGUCCAUAGGAGAGGAGGUGGGGGAGGUGGAUAGACAGUGAGCUCGCUGAUUGGGUCAUCCCCGCGGCAACGGACGGGCAAACACAAAUAGGCCGGACGACGACGUAUGGGCUCAUCCUUGUCCCGCGCCGACUAGCGCUUAAUGCUCUCCCGGAAGCUCGCCGCUGCGAAAGGCCUUUCUGCGCUCUCGGCUGCGAGUGACUCGCGGACUGUAUCGAGUCGAGCAUGUAUCGUCGCGGAUGCUCGAAGGGAUUGUCACUGCUGCUGAUAGGAAAACUGGUGCUACUGGUCGGAGGACAGCAGACGACGGAUACCGCUGCCAACAGGCCUGUUAACGUCUUCGUGAUCAACGACGCGAACAACGAUGUGGCCAACAAGAGCGUGACGAACUCGCUGAAGGCCCUGAAGGAGAAAAGCCCGGACAAGCUCGGCCAGGUUUACGUAGCCCAGAUCAACGUCAGCGACUCCGACCAGAGCCUCGACGCCAUCUGCUCGCUAUGGCAGUCGAGUAUCAGGGAGAACGAGGCUGACGCUCCGGAUUUCGUACUCGACACCACGACUUACGGCAUCGGCGCCGAGUCAGUCAAUCGAUUCACGGCCCUCCUCGGCAUACCCACCCUCUCGGCGCAAUUCGGACAGGAGGGAGAUCUGCUGGGAUGGCGCGACAUCAGCGAAGAGCAGAAAAGGUACCUCGUGCAAGUGAUGAACCCGGCCGACCUGAUGCCGGAGGUAAUCCGUCAGCAGUGCUCGAACUUCAACAUCAGCAACGCGGCCAUCCUCUUCGACGAGAACUUCGUCAUGGACCACAAGUACAAGAGUCUUCUGCUGAACGUGCCGACCCGCCACGUCAUCGUGCCCGCCGAGCCAGCUGGAGCACCUCUCCAGAAGCAGAUCUCGAAGCUGCGCGACCUGGACAUCGUGAACUUCUUCAUCCUCGGAAGCGAAAGCACCAUAUCGUCUGCGCUCAUAGAGGCGAACAAUCUCAAUUUCACCGGCCACAAGUACGGCUGGUUCGGCAUCACUCUCAACGAGGAGUUCCAAGCCCAGUGCCAGGACUGCAGGAACAUCAGCCUGCUGCUAUUCAAGCCCAAGGCCGAGAGCAGCCAGCAGCUCAGCGAGCUCACAAGCAAAGGUUCUCUGCCCAAGCCGGUGAUAAGCUCGGCCUUCUACUACGACCUGACGAAGCUGGGAGUUCUGGCGAUGAAGUCGGCGCUGAUGUCGGGCGAGUGGCAUCGUCCUCGCUUCAUCACCUGCGACGAGUACAACGAGAACGCGACUCUGCCCGCGAGGAACCUCAAUCUGCGACAGCGUUUGGAGCAGGUCGCCAACAGCAGCGGGUUCACGAGGACCUACGCGAGCUUCGCCUGGGGCAGGAACGGAGUCAGUCGCGCCAAGUUUGGCGUCAAUGGGCUCCUCAUUCGGAUCCGCGACUCCAAGCUCAUCAGCUCUGACCCAGUUGAGACUUGGGAGGCCGGCGUGGAUUCGCAGUUGAAAGUCCUCGACGAAAACAAGGCCGGCAAUCACACGGCGGUGACGUCUUACCGAGUGGUGACGGUGAUAAAGCCGCCGUUCGUGAUGUACGACAACGAGACCGGCAACUGGACGGGCUACUGCAUCGACCUCCUGGACGAGAUCCGCGAGCACGUGAAGUUCGAGUACGAGAUCCGCGAGGUCGACGACAAGGAGUACGGCAACAUGGACGAGGAUGGCAACUGGAACGGUAUGGUGAGGGAGCUCAAGGAGAAGAAAGCGGAUAUAGCUCUUGGAGCUCUGGCAGUCAUGGCCGAGCGCGAGAACGUCAUAGACUACACGGUGCCCUACUACGACCUCGUGGGCAUCAGUAUACUGCGGAAGAAGCCCAAGACCGCGACAUCGCUCUUCAAGUUCCUCACCGUCCUCGAGAGCGACGUCUGGCUAUGCAUCCUCGGCGCCUACUUCUUCACCAGCCUCCUCAUGUGGAUUUUCGACAAGUUCUCCCCCUACAGCUACCAGAACAACAUGGAGAAGUACAAGGACGACGACGAGAAGAGGCUCUUCACCAUGAAGGAGUGCCUCUGGUUCUGCAUGACUAGUCUCACGCCUCAGGGCGGUGGCGAGGCCCCGAAGAAUCUCUCCGGGCGUCUGGUGGCCGCGACCUGGUGGCUCUUCGGAUUCAUCAUCAUCGCCUCGUACACCGCCAACUUGGCGGCCUUCCUCACCGUCUCGAGACUCGACGCGCCCGUAGAGAGCCUCGAGGACCUCAGCAAGCAGUACAAGAUCCAGUACGCGCCGAUCCUCAACUCGUCCGAGUACCGCUACUUCGAGCGCAUGGCCAACAUCGAGAAGAAGUUUUACGAGAUCUGGAAGGACAUGAGCCUGAACGACAGCCUCUCGGACGUGGAGAGAGCCAAGCUGGCGGUCUGGGAUUACCCGGUGAGCGACAAGUACACCAAGAUGUUCCAGACGAUGCAGGACGCUGGCUUCCCCAAUGACAUGGACGAAGCGUUGAGGAGAGUUCGGGAGGGUAAACCCACCGAGUUCGCCUUCAUCGGCGACGCCACUGACAUCAAGUACCUCACCAUGACCGACUGCACCUUCAUGCAGAUCGGCGAGGAAUUUUCCAGGAAGCCCUAUGCCAUUGCCGUGCAACAGGGCUCGCCGCUCAAGGAUCAGUUCAACAACGCAAUUCUCAUGAUGCUGAACCGGCGCAAACUCGAGAAGCUCAAGGACACCUGGUGGAACAAGAACCCGAAGCGCAAGCGCUGCAACAAGGCCGAGGAUCAGAGCGACGGCAUAAGCAUCCAGAACAUCGGCGGCGUCUUCAUCGUGAUCUUCGUGGGUAUCGGCCUGGCCUGCGUGACCCUGAUCUUCGAGUACUUCUACUAUCGGCGCCGACCGCAGAUCAAGAAGCGCCACCAGGAGAGCCGCACCGACAAGACCAAGUCCGUCCAGAGCGUCAAGUCGAUGAAGUUCAAUUUGAGACCUGCUCCAACCCAGAGCCUCGAGAACACCAACUACAGAUCCAGAUUUUGAAUUUAUCUUGCCUUGAAUUUUUCACGAGUGUGCUGACGAGGGAUUUGUUAUUGAGAGAGAUUUUUCUGAUGAUUCUAUACCAUAUUGUACUGCUACUCAAAGUCAAUUAUAUGAUGCGUGCGAAAUUUCACUACAGCGUGCCUUGAGAACAAGGAAUGUUCCUUGCGAUGUUAUCGGUCGAGAAAGCUCGGGGAAAGAGUUAUUUUUAAGUGUCUACGAAUCGAAAUCAAACUACGAAAUGUACAACCUAAAGCUCCGUACUUCUGCGUGCAAGAAAGCGAGCUUGUGCCUUGUUCACCGAAUUUCUGACGAUGCAGUUUGUGCGACCUUUUCCACGCACAAAAGUGCCAUUUUACCUCUUCUCUCUAUACAUACAUACGUAUAUUGUAAUCAACGUCGCGCCGGAUUUGGCGCGAGUGUGUGACGAUUUCGCAGAGACACGACGCGAAGACAGUUUUAAGCGAGUUUAAGCACGAAUCUGUCAUUCAUUUAUGUAAAUCUGAAAUCGAGUUACGUGAAUAAACAGACUGAGAUAUU